GAUAGCGUAUGGCACUGCCUUUCUCUUGUCCGAGCGCGAGAAUGUCGCUCUUACACUUGGUUCUAACUUGCCUUGCAUUCUUUAGCCCUCAAAUAGCGCUAAGUAAAUUCAGUGGACCAUGGUUUGACGAUAUCAAUAAAGACUUUUACGCGCGAACAGCCGCGAGGCCGGCGAUGGACUGGGACUGGGGCGACAAGUUCCGGGGAAUAGAGGUGCACAACCAGCCGCUGACGUCCCUGCUGUCAACGGUGCUGGGCAGCUGGAAGUUCACACUGCCGCGUGUGGCGCUGGCGCGGGGGCAGGCCUACACAGGCGCAGCGGCGCGGCUGCGGCGGGUGGUUCGCAAGCUCAUGAAUCGCACGCCCACUAAGCCCGUUAAGAUCGGGGUCAUAGGCGGCAGCAUCACGUGGGGCCAGGCCACGCGGUGGCGCGGCGAGGCGGACUGGUUCUCACAACUGUCCAAAUACCUGCUCAACGCCUUCCCCGCCGCCAACAUCACCACACGCAAUGGCUGCACGCCGGGUGUGCCGGCGUCCUACAUGAUCCUGUGCUUGGAGUCGAGUGUCGACCCCGACGUGGAACUCGUGUUUGUGGAGUUCACAGUGAACAACGGCGCCGACCCCUCCAACAAGCUGUACAGCAACUCCAUCGUGCUGGACAUGGAGCGCCUGGUGCGCCGCAUCCUGGACCUGCCCCGCCGGCCCGCGGUGGUGCUCAUGCACGUGCCCACCACCGGCAUGGCCAACUACCCGCACGGCCACCCCAAGAACCCCAACAACGAGCCCUGGGCCGGCUUCUAUGCCACCAGCGAGGACGCGCUGGGUGCGGUGCACCAGUACUACGACGUGCAGUCGCUGUCGCUGCGCACCGCCAUGUACGACCUGGCAGCCAUACGGGAGCAGGAGGGCUUCCUGUGGGAGCAAGCCUUCGUGGACCACCACCCCGGCAACCACGGCCACAAGAUGAUGGCGGACCUGGCCGUGUACAUGAUCCAGAGUACGGCAAUGCAGCUGAUGCUGAUGCCGUACGGCCCAGACGACAAGGAGGCCGUGUUUGCGCCCGUGCCGCGGCCCAUCUACCCGGGCAACAUGCCGCCCAACUCGAGCAUGUGCCUGCUGGGCGACAACUUCAGGAACCUGGUGGUGGCCGAAUCCUCUUCCGGCUUUGAGUACAUCAACGAGGGCACGGCGGAGAAGCCCAAGCCCGGAUACAUCGCCACACAGCCCGGCUCCAAGCUGCGCCUGCGCCUCAACACCGACCGCUCACUCAUCGACCGCAGCCCCAUCGCCUCGGCCAUCAAGGUCCAGGUGUUCUUCCACCACCUGCGGAGCUACGAGCACAUGGGCGUGGCGCAGUUCAGCUGCGUAUCCGGCUGCCAGUGCGACCCCAAGGAAGUCGACGGGCACCAAACGGAGAAGGUCAGCCAGCUGUACCUCAUGUACCUGGACGCAACGCAGCACCCGCAGUGCGAGAUAGAGAUCACGGUGCUUCCCAAGACUAGCAGCGGCGAGCACAAGUUCAAGGUGGCGGGAGCGGUGAUCAGCGAGCGGCCUGGUGCGGACGGCUUCAUGUCGGUGCUGCUGGAGAACAAGAACGCCACCGCCUUUGGGAUACGAGAGCACACUGGGGACGUGCAGCAGAUCACGUACACCAAGGAGGGGAAGAAGGGCGGCAACGACGCCUGGGCCCGUCGGCGCCGCCGGCACUAGCAGUAACAGCAGUUGCAGCAGCAGCGGCAGCGGCAGCAGCGGCUUCGCGGCGCGCUACACACAGCAGCAGCGCCCAGCACUCCUCGGGUUCGUCCGUCCAUGCAUGGCGGCAGAGACUGGCGGGGUGGGCGGGCGGGAUGGGAGGGUCAGCAGCGUGUGCGCGUGAGGUGGGUUCCGGGUCCGUGGCGUGGCAGUCCGACUUGCAGGUGGAGGUGGACGGCAGAACGCAGGGCGUGAGAGUGGCGGGUAGGUGGGCUUGUCGGUAACAGUGCAGCGCGUGUGAAUUGUGAAGCCCUGGAUGGAUUGGUAGCCGGCUGGGAUAUGUGAGGCAUGACUGGGCAAAUGCAGGAUGUUUGGGGCUGUCGGGCCUUGCUCCUGGUGAUUUUGGGUGUAUGUACGGGAGACUUAUCUCGGGUGUAUGUACGGGAUUUUGGGUGUAUGUACGGGAGACGUAUCUCGGGUGGUGGUGGGCUGGAGGACCUAGGAACGGUGUGGUAGGCCCACGCAUGGUGCUAUGGCAGUACUAUACUGCCGAAAGUCACAAACGUCA